AUGUGGGCUGACUUCCUCAAGGCAAAAUACUGCCCUAGGGUACAUCUUGUUGGUAAGAAAUGGUGCAGUGGCAACUCUCAAGCGUGGAAACACCUACUGUGGGCCAGAGACAAGUGUGAAAAACAGAUUACUUGGAAGAUUAAUGCUGGUAACUGUAGCUUUUCGUGGGACAACUGGACUGAAUUGGGACAUCUGACACACAUUUGUUCAAGCUACAUUAACACUAGCAAUACCAAAAAGAAGGUAAAUGAUUUCAUGAGUACUAAUAGGUGGGAUGCACAGAUGCUAUACAGCACACUACCUAACCAAAUUGCACUACACAUUAUGUCUAUAGAGUUGGGCCAGGAAUACAAAAAUGAUUAUGCUGUAUGGAACGCGACUGAGGAUGGUCACUUUACAAAUGGUUCUGCUUGGAAUAUGAUCAGGGAUCACAGAACAAUCAAUAUCACAAUCAACAAGAUAUGGCACAAAUCAAUUCCCUUCAAACAAUCUUUCUUGUGUUGGAGAAUCUUCUUUGUUAGAAUCUCCAUUAGACAAACUAUUACAAGGUUGAUUCCCAAGAUACUAAAGUUUGUAGAUGUUGUCCAAUACCUGUUAUGGAGACCUUGCAACAUGUAUUUGUGGAGAGUAGAGCAGCCGGCAAUUCUUCAAGAUACUUUUCCUAAUCUGGACACUAAUGGUACAUGGGAUAAUCUUUGCAAAUUAGUGGAGAAGCUCAAACUUGUGGUCGUAUGUACUCCUAUUCAUUGGAACAAACCAGCACCUGGGUGGAUCAAAAUUAACAUUGAUGGUAGUUUUAUCAAAGCAAGCAGGAAAGCUGGGAUUGGGGGUAUUGUUAGAGAUAGCAAUGGAGAUUUCAUUUUUGCAUUUUCUAUCCCGAUACAAGCCAAUAGCAGCUCGAAAACUGAAGUCAUAGCAGUGAGAUUUGGGGUAGAAUGGUGCACUCAACAUGGCUACUCUAAUAUUCAUGUGGAGAUUGAUUCUCUGAUUGUCACUAACAUCCUCAUCAAACAAAGCUUCAACAACUUGAAGCUACAACAUAUUAUCAAAGGCACAACUACUAUGCUUGACAACACUGUUUCUUGUAUCUUUCAUUGCCUCAGAGAAGCAAACUAA